UCUCUCGCUUUUUGAAACCAAAUUCCGUUCAAUCCUAAGGCUAGCGAUCGAUCUUUUCAGGAAUUGCUGGGAUUCAAGCUCUGAUUCGACAUUGUUGUGAAUAGUGGUUCUUUUCGUCCAUUACUCCGAGGCGUAGAAAUGCAGUCUCUGUAUGGUAAACUUCGGGUGGUAGCGAGGCAAACGAUCGGCAAUCUGAAAACUGUGGAAUCAAUUGCGCCAUUCGAAUCAAAUUUGUCGAGGCACGCGUUGAGUCGGUCUUCGGCGUUCAUUUCUGACCAUUUUGGGUCUUGUUCCCUGUUCCGGUUGAAUCAAAAUCUUCACACACGAACAGUCGAACCCACUUAUUCUGGAAGUUAUGGUGUACCUUCAGCAUUGUCGUCCCAAGCUACAAGCUCAAGCUUGAAUCACUCAGCUUCAAUGGUGUUCAAGUUGUUGUCUAGAAAUAUGACGACGGAAGCAGCUUCGCAAGAUGUUUCUCCUUCUCCUGCUGUACCCGAACGCAUCAAAUUCAAGAGACUCGAUAAAACAGCCAGACACAUUAUGCAGAUUAUUGAUAAAGAAGCAGUCGAGGAUGUGAAAACAAGCCGAGAGAUACCGGAAAUAAAGCCUGGGUAUAUCGUCCAAUUGAAAGUGGAAGUACCUGAGAACAGAAGGCGUACAUCGAUGUUGAAAGGCGUAGUUAUAGCCAGGCGUAAUGCUGGUUUAAAUACUACCUUUAGAAUAAGAAGGCUUGUAGCGGGAGUUGGGAUCGAAAAUGUCUUCCAUCUGUAUUCGCCAAAUAUAAAGAAGAUCAAAGUGUUGGACAAGAAGAAAGUGAGGAGAGCCAAGCUAUACUAUUUAAGAGACAAAAUGAACGCGCUCAAGAGGCAAUAAUAAAUGCCAUCUUGUUUAGCUUGUGGAUGCAAAAAAAUAAAUAAAAAGGUAUGUUUACAUAAUGCUUUGUGGGCUCUAUAUGUCGAGAAGAAGGAUCCGGAUUACGUUUAAAUUUAAUUGCGUAUCGCUUAAAGUAGCAUUUAGGGGAACCAAAGUUGGUGGAGACAUGAGUGGAUCGAAUAGUUAGCAGCAACAAUAGCAAUAUUGGUUCGAUAUACAUCUUUUUCGAGUAUAGAGCUCUUAGAACA